UGCGCACUCACAUUGUGUCUAUAUAUAUAGACAUUGGUGGAGAAAGCUCAGACAUUUCGGCCAAAACCAAUACCAAUAGCAAGUCGAAGCUCUCAAAUCCUGAACCAACACCUGAAGCAAGAAGCAAUCCUUAAAGCUACCCAAAGACUCUCAGAAUGCCGCCAAUAGAAGCAAUCGAAGAAACUUAUGAACCAACAAGCCUUUUUGGCAACGACAAAUCACUGGCUAGCGAACUGUUACAGAGUCGUCUCAGGUCCAAAUCCAGACCUAGCAGACAGUGGCAGACGAUCUCUUCCUCAACGACCGGUUUCUUACCCGGUUGGGUUACAACAUGGUUCGUUCUCACAGCUGCCAUCUGCACUUGGGACGCCAGUUUCAUCAUGUUGCGACCACUUUCCUUCCCCGAGGGACCUCUCUCACAAUUUUGGUAUCCCUAUAAAUAUUACAUCAAUCUUGACAAACGUUACGGCAACAUGGAAGACUCCUACGUCUACACACAAAGUCUAAUGAAUUAUGCAGAAGUCAUUUUGAACCUAUAUACCUGUUAUUUGGACAAAAUCCGGAGCAGACACACCAUUCCUCUGGCAUUCACUGUCACCGUGAUGACAUUCUGGAAAACCGUCUUAUAUUUUCUCAUGUUUGCCGAGCCAUGUGGAGACACCUCUUACCGAACAGGAAACUCACCUCUCUCUGAGUUUUUCCUCGUUAUAAUCCCAAACGGUGUUUGGUUGGUUCUUCCUCUUUUGGUUUUGGUCAAACUCUGGGCGCAUAUAACACCUAAAGAAAAUUUGGAAGUGAAGUCGAGAAACGAAUAAUUUAUUCAAUGUCUACAUCUCACCACCAUCACGAAUAUAUUUUUUAUUUGAUUUGAUGGGACGUGCCUAUAAUGCCACAUUCCAUCAUAAAGACGAUUAAAUCAAAUCUAUAUUAUUUUUGUUACACAAACCUAUCGUACAUCAUAAACCAUCACAGAGACUUUUUCCAUGUAUCAUAUUUUGUUAUACAAAUCUAUUCAUCCGAACGUACAACAUUCUUUUAUACAAUUACAAAGGAACAUAAAUCAUCCGUGUCACUUUAAAAUUAUGUUUAAUAUUUGUUGGUUUGACUGAUCACAAUAUUUGUAUUCUUAGAACUUGGUAUGAAAUUUAGAGUGCUUUAUGGAAGAACGAUGAAGAAAAUGAUUCCGUUAAGAGAACAGAGUAAGGAGAAACGAAAAUUUGCUUCUAGAGUAGAAAUCUUUGGUUUUAUUUUAGAUUUGUACAUUAAAGAAACAGAUAAAUUUCUUAUGAAGAAUAGUUUUAAAAAAAUAAUUGCACAAAAUAUGCUGCUCGCAACCAUUGGUAAAGGCAUUUUAUCUCCGAAAUAAUGAAAUACAACGUAACGUGUCAACUACUGUUUAAACUCAUUAAAUUCAUAUUUUUCUGAAACAACUUUCACAAUUUCAAUUAUAUACGAAAGUCUGAUUUAAACUAUAUCACCAAAAUAUAAGCUUUCGAUGAUAAAGAAAUUUCUGCUCGGGAUUACUGUUAUUCUUCGAAUUUUAUCGGAUUAAAUGGUUUUAUCGGAUUAAAUGGCAGUGGAUUGGCAUAAUCUAUAGGGCAAUAAAAAAAGUCGGCAGGAAUUGGCAGCAAAUGUAGUGUGUGAAACAAGAUACUUUUUGUUUAAUAUUCCUUUACAUUGUGAAUUUAAAUCUUGCCGAGAACGACUUUGUCUUCCAUCUUCCGGGUUCGAUAAACAGACGUAUCAGUGAAAUAUUUGGGCUAAAUAAACCUAACAUAUAAUGGUUA